AUGAGUACGCCAGCUCGUCGAAUUGUUCUGACUUUGUUCACUUCAAAACAAUGUUCACUUUGUGUGGAUGCCAAGCAUUCCAUUGAGCAAAUUCCCUUUGAGUUAAUUCAUAAAGACAUUAAACUUCCAGAAAACUUCUCAUGGUUUCAACGAUACAAAUACGAUAUUCCAAUACUUCAUUUAAAUAAUCAGUUCUUAUUCAAGCAUAGAGUAAGUUCCGAGAAACUGGAAACGGUAUUGAAGAAAUACCUGAAAAACGGAAUAAUAAGCAAGGAAGAUUGCGAUCAGGAAGUUGUAUGA